CUUGGCGCUGGCCCCGUCGAUCCCGGUCACAAUGGUAGACCACGGCUCCUUGUCCUCGCCAGUCUGGCCGAGGACGGAUCGCACUCGAUCAACAGCAGCACCAGAGCGGAAGGCGAUUCUAACGAAAUCAACACCAAGACCCACGAGUUCAUCAAUGGUCUUGGAUGAGACUACUGCAGCGGCUGCAAGGAGACCAGUGCAAAGACCGAGCACACGGGUGUUCGAGGCAGCUGGAAGCUCGCUUGGGUGCUCAGAGAAGUAUCCAAUGUAAUGCCCAAGCUGAGCGAUUGUCACCAAAGCCGACUCGAGCGCUGGAAGCUUGUCACCCUUCUGGUAGUAGGCUUCGAUCAGGUUGUUGAGAGUAAGGAAAUCCGGAAUCAACACUCGCUGGGUGCGUGGCAGAGCGCGUGCUUCCUCGCGGAGAGCAAGUGCACAGCGCUGUACAAAGUUGUGAACCAGAACGUUGUCCUUGUGAAGAGCUACCUUUCUCAGGAGAGGGUAUUGCUCGGCGGUCUGAUCGCCGAAGAGUAAGAUGUUCGACAUGUUCGCGAAGUUCGUGAUUCGAUCGUUAUUGUUCGGGAUUCGAUGAUUAGGUGAUUUAUGUAUCAAGCUGAUCCCAGGAGACUUUCUCGACACGACCGUGGAGUCUUCGGGCGAAGGACUUCGAUUAGAGGAGAUGGACUGUGGCGGUGGGUAACAGCAGAUGGAAAGGGUAUUGCUGGGCAGAUGGAGGGGGAGAAGGAGGGUUCCCUCUUGGAGGGUACGGGGCAGCGUUAUGUAUCACAGGGUCUUGGUGCGCACGAUGCUUCAGGACAGGCGUGCGGGAGCGGAUCUGCGCCAGGACUCGGGGGCUGCAUCCAUGGUGCUUCUCUGUCCAAAAAGAGCAGUUUGACGUUCAUCUGGAAUCAGAGGCUAAGCUCCACGGCCGGACGGCGCAAUCGCGCAGAGGAUUUGCUACCCGGCGCAGAGGAUAAGCAGGACGUUUGGCGGGCUGGCAGCGUAGCGUGGUGUCUUUCGGCUCUCCAUGACGCCCGUGCAAGACCAACGGCUUCGCCAACCGCGCCGCGUAUGGAAGGAAUGACGGCCGCCACCCAUACGCCGAAGCCGCCUCAGUCAGCGGUGUCGAUGGCGUGGCCGCAGCAAGUUGCAACGAGCCGCACAGCCUUCUGCACGCCCGAAGAAUAUUCUAAUGUGCAGCUGCCCGGCGGUGGCUGCUGCUUAUUCGGACGCCACCACACGUGGCGGACAGAACAAUCGCGUAUGACCCAUUUUUGUCUUCGUCUUCGAUGCCGCCUGAUCUGGUAUGCGCGUGCCAUUCUCGUGCCGCCCGUCUGGGCACGAAGAAGACCAGUCUGUCGGUGGCAGUCAACCGCGAAAACCACGUACAUACAUAGGAUCUAUGAUGCCCUGAUUGAUCGGCCCGGUAACGCAGGUUCUAUUCAAGGAGCCAGAAGUUGCGGCAUGAAUAAGCAGGCAUCGGCAACACCCGCCCGGUCAUCAUUGCUUAUCUCAGCCUCGAAUGGCUGGCUAUGCGUGUCGCCAGCCAUGCAUCUAUCCAUCCCAUCUCAGCCCCUUCCUGCACAGCGCAAGUCGUCUUUCCCAUCCUACCAUCAUCAUUCGAUAUCGGACAAGCACGCGACAAGACCCACACCUGAACCACACUACACUCCUUGCGCAACACUUCGUCGAUACACCACACCAGAUAGAGCAUAUCUGCAAGAAGAGCGUGAGGAAAGCAGGAGGUGGCCAUGCAUAUACAUAGACCGCAUGCGAUGUGCUGUAAGGAUGAUUCCGACUGCACCGCAUGAGCGACAUGUGAGAAGGGGAGAGGUUGCGCUCAUUUCAAGCGCCUACUGUACGGUAGCUAGCACCUGCCACGCGACGGGGCAUCCUGAUGCUCAUUCCGAAUGCCUCAGACCCCUAUCGUUCGACUAUAUCUCAAAACGCAAACUCUGCACAAUUGUUAUGAGGAGCGUCGCUCGUGCCUGUAGCGACCAAGUAAGGUCAGCAAAGUCGUCAAUUGCUGACAACAUGCCACUUAUCACUAGAUCCGGCGCAACUUCUCAACACACGACGGCUUUUCCAUCACAUCAUGUGCCCAUGAUCCUUGGCGGACACGAUGGACCCACUGCUACUCACGCUACACUAUCUCUCCCCUGGUUCGGGUUCACGUGUGUUGCACGACUGCUGCGUUCAUUACAGCCUCUGCAGCCUCGGGCUGAACUGAGCAGCCAAUCUUGGCUUCAUAGUCUUGGCAGCGAGUGUGAGAUUCACCUUUCCAAAAUCACUGGUGACCGCUUCUCAGCGCCCGCCGCCAAGCACCUUGCAUCCUUGCACCCUGUCACCAAGAAUACACACUCAAGAAUUUGCGAAACGAUAAACCCGUUGAAUGUGGGCCACUUCCUCAACCUAACGGCGCAGUUCGAACUCGAUGCUGAUAUUGUUCUCCACAAGACGAGCACCGCUUCAGCGGCAGUCGUGCACAUAUCGCGAAUACCGCAGUGGCGUGAUUACACAUCGAUUUGGCAUCGAGAUGCCGAUGUCUUGCCGGAAGACCGAGCGACGCUCCACCGGUCUGCCAACAGGACAAUUGCUCGGCUAAAGAUAGGCCGCUGCCCGCAGCAAAAGCCGCUCACUCACAACGAAUGUACAGUAUGGGAAAUCGAGUCCGGAUCAGAACAGCAGCUCCAGUGCCGUCGAAUCCCCGUGCCUGGGAUACACAGAAGCGCCAUCAGCAUCAUAAUCCGAGGACAUGAAAAGGCUGCAGAACUCACAAGGACUUUUAAAGUGGGCGAGAAGCGUGCUGUCAAACCAGGAGCCCAAGCAUACCGAGCAGCGAGCAUGAAAAUUUCAAACUGUCGUGCUGGAUCACAUCCAGCCUCCUCGAUCCUGUUCGUAGCCUGGGCGUACGGAGAGCUUCAGCACCGUUCGGUUGGGUUUUCCACUCACUUCACCCCUGCCGAAGUCCCAUGCCGACCACAUCCACAGCUCCGAUUCAGACGAUAUAGAUCCUGCGCGGAGGAGCAAUGGCACUUGACAGUCAUCAACAUGUUUUCCAUGAACCUGGACGGCAAUCGAAAGCUUCCGAACAGCUUAAUCCCCGAAUGGACGAACACUGGCAAGCCUUCCAUACCUCAUUGUUGGAAUGAUUGCCCCUCCGCUCCUCACUUUGAAGUCAAAUCGGCCGCCGGAUCGAUCAAGCGAGGCCUGUAUACGCUCCCAGACGAAGCGCUGCAGGAAUUACACAUCGAUGUCGCACACCGCAUCGUGGCGUGGCAGCCCAACCCUUGUACGAAAAUCAACGACCGUAUGGCCGGUAUCGUGCCGACUUCCGAGUACUGUAUAGCACCAUCAUGGCGUCUGCCGCUUUGGCAGUUGAUUUCCCGUCCUUGGUUUCUGGAUGUCAAGUUCUUCGUCGAUGAAACCAUGUUGCGUUUCAUAAUUCGCUGCGCCCAUCGCCGAGAAUAUUCUUGUGAAGCCGGCAAGCCCUCCCUUGCUGUGGUAGUUAACCGAUAUCCGGCGUUUCAGGUCAGCCUGCUGCGCUGGAGCUGUCAGUGCCUGGACAUGGCUUCCAAUUCUCCGGAUAUACAGGCGUCAUCCAGACAUGGCAGCAUCCUCGCUGACGUUAUGUCGGCAUGGGACAGGCCACAGAAUAAUGCUCCAAGUCUGGGUUGUUGCCAGCGCAAAUGUCGCUCAAAUUGUUUCAAGCUCCCCGCCGCGACAUCCGUUGCACGCCUCAUGUCUCAAGAUCGAGACAGCGUGGUAUGGAUGACUGGUGUCGUGAACUCUAAACAGGGUACCCAGCCUGAUCUUGGCACCAGCCACACCAACCUGCCAGCCUCCCUAGCCUUUUCAGGCCUCCUGGCAAAUUCUCUCGACCUAGUCAAGUCCCUUCAAGUCUCCGGCAAACUUUGCCGGCUGGAUCAACCUCAGACUUCACUUUGA